AACCCCAAAUCUUGUACACAGUCACUUGUUCGAAACCCUAAUCAGCCGUUAUCGCUAUCUCAAACAAUUAACAUUUCACAAUCACAAUCUCAAACAGGGCGCAAAGAAAUGGCGCAGAAUGGCGGUGGAAGGAAGAAGAGAGAGAGGCCGAACAUACUGAUUACGGGAACGCCGGGGACAGGAAAAUCGACGACGUCUGUGGCUCUGGCGGAAGCGGCCAGUCUCCGGCAUAUCAACAUCGGCGAUUUGGUUAAGGAGAAGAACCUCCACGAUGGCUGGGACGAUGAGUUCGAUUGUUAUAUCAUUAACGAAGACCUUGUAUGUGACGAGCUUGAAGACUUGAUGGAACAAGGUGGAAACAUUGUGGAUCACCAUGGUUGUGACUUUUUUCCGGAACGGUGGUUCGAUUAUGUAGUGGUGCUCCAAACUGACAACUCUGUAUUAUAUGACCGGCUAACUAAGAGGGGUUAUGAAGGGAAAAAGCUGUCGAACAAUAUUGAAUGUGAGAUAUUUCAGGUUCUGUUGGAGGAGGCCAGAGACAGUUAUAAAGAAGAUAUUGUGGUGGCGUUAAAAAGCGACAACAUCGAUGAUAUAGAUACGAAUGUUUCUACUUUAUCUGAUUGGGUUAGAAACUGGAGCAGUUUACCUUGAUAUCACAUAUCUGCUGGAAAUGUAGAACUGCUUUUAAUUGGUUAUGGAUAUUGGCUUUUAUAGGUUGUGUUAAUGUGAUCAUUCUGGUGGAUUUAGAGUUCAUCUUAUAUCUAGAUUCGACGAAUUGAUGCUAAGAAUUCCAUAUUCAUAUUACGUAUUUAUUGAAUAUGUUUGGAUGUUAAAUUCUUAACUUCAACUAUUUCUCUGAGUCUU